UAUCAACAAGUUAUUUAAAAUUUAAAAUAAUACCAAAGUAAAUUUAUACAUCCGUACGUUUCUAUAUUCAACGGUUGACUCAACAGUGAAUUUUUCGUUGAGUCCCUCCGUUGAACGAUCUGACGUCACGUUUUGUAGAAAAAAGAAACGCUUUCGUUGAGAGUAGUGUUGAGAGGUCGCUUUUCAAGAUGGCAGACUUAACUAACGAGAAGGUGGCGAUUAUGACUGUUUUAUUAAAUAGUAUUUCUGAGAGUAGAGGGGGUUACGAGAUGUUUUUUAAAUCUAAAAAAGAUAAUGAAGAUAUUCCAUUUCUGUAUGCUGCUGCAGUGGAAAAAUCGAAAAAAGCCAAAAUAGAAGGCUAUGUCGAAAAUAUCGUUCCCAGAUACAACGACAUGGACUUUAAGUCUCAUUUUCGUCUUUCUAGAAGCACUGUCGAAAGGUUAAUGGAACAGCUUCCUGAACAAAGGACUGGCCCUGGUCGAACAGGACUAAGAGAAACAUCACUACAAACAGUUGUAUUGAUGUCUCUAUGGUUGUUAGGCAAUCAGGAGUCGUUUCGUGGCGUUGCGGACAGAUUUGGAAUAAGCAGAGGACAUGCCUAUAGAGAAUUUGUAUAUUUUAUUAAAACCGUGUCUUCGUUAAGAUCUAAAAUUAUUGUUUGGCCCAAAGGUGAAAAAGCUAAAAGCACCAUAAGGAACUUUGAGACCUUACGAGAUAUAAGCUUUCCAGAUGUAAUUGGAUGUAUAGAUGGAUCACAUAUAUCAAUAUCAGCCCCAAAAGCAUCAAAAAACGCAUAUUUUAAUAGAAAGCAGUAUACAUCUGUAAUUCUUCAAGCAGUAUGUGAUUCUAAAUUAUUGUUUACAGAUGUGUUUGCAGGGUGGCCAGGAUCUUCACACGAUUGCAGAGUUUGGAGCAACUCACCACUAUGUGAAGCCCUAGAAAAAAACCCUAUGAUUCCAGAAGGGGCCCAUCUCCUUGGAGAUGGAGCUUAUCCACUUUCUUCAAGUAUGAUGAUACCCUAUAAAGACAAUGGUCAUUUGACAAGGAAAGAGAAACUUUUUAAUCAAAUUUUAAGUUCGAGUAGGGUCGUCAUUGAACAAGCAUUUGGACAAUUAUUUGGGCGAUUUAGAAGACUAAACCAUUUGUUUAUGUUUAGAGUUGAUCGAAUCCCCCAAGUUAUUGUAACAGCGUGUAUUCUGCAUAAUUUAUGUAUUUUAGAGAAUGAUGAAUAUUUAGAUGUGUUUGAUAAUGUUUCUGCAUCAUCUUGGAAUACAACUGUCCCUGUAAAUUUUUCUCAAAGAACAGAAGUGAAUAGAGUUGAUGGAGUAAAAAAAAGAGAACACAUUGCUAAUAGAUUAUUUUUACUGGCAAAUUGUUAACGUAAUUUAACAAACAAAUUUCUCUUAUUAAAAUUGUUAUAUAUAAUUAACAUGUAGAUUUCUGUAAUGUAAUGUAAUAAAACUUACUCUUAUAUAAUGAGAGUAAAAGUAAUGAAAUUGUAAUUUUUGUCUACUUGCCCAAGUUUGUCAAACAGAUAAACACUACAUUAAUAAAAU